ACCGAGCUCCUUAGUAGGGUUUCUUAAGAUCUGCUACGCAAACGAUUGACACUGGUCACGAUAACAAUCAUCCCUCAUCCAUGUCUAGCCAGCCAAAAGUGUUCCUGAGUUUCAGAGGGCCGGACACACGGCGCCACUUUUCGGAUUUCCUCUACAACAUGUUGACCAAUGCUGGGAUUGGCGUCUUUAGAGACGAGGAAGGUCUGGAGGGAGGCAAAGAAAUUACACCCCAGCUGAUCCAACAGAUAAAGCAGUCCAAGAUCUCAAUACCGGUAAUCUCCAAGGAGUAUGCGUCCAGCAAGAGCUGCCUCGUGGAAUCGGAGCAAAUGGUGGAGUGCUUGGACAAGAAGAAUCACAUCAUCAUCCCCAUCUUCUACUACGUUGACCCGUCGGAUGUACGCUACUGCAAGGGUUCCUUCGAGAGUGCUUUCCUUAAGCACAAGAACCGUGGCACUAAUGACAGUCAGAUCAAUUCCUGGAAGUCUGCUCUCCAGCGGAUCGCAGAGUUGAGUGGACACCAUCUCCACGAAAAAAGUGAAAUGUAUCAUGCUGAAGCCACAAAGCAAAUUAUCCGUGAAGUUCAGCAGAUUCUGAAGACGAAGGACCUAAUUGUGAUGGCACCGUUAGUCGGAGUCGAUUCUCAUGUGCAGGAAAUAAUGGCAAAGCUGAAGUUUGACUGCGGCAAUGGGCGAGCAGUUAAAAUUGGAGACACAAGUGAAAUGGUGUUAAUAUAUGGCAUCCCCGGGGUUGGCAAGACGGUCCUGGCAAAAUGUGUUUAUAAUAAACUUCAUCGUCUGUAUGAUGCCUGUAGCUUUCUUGAAAAGAUCCAACAAGAAAUUGAAGAUAAGGGAAUCGUGUCUGUGCAAAACCAACUAAUCUCGGACCUCCAUAACAGAAAUGCCCCAGAAUUUAAAUAUUCUGAUGAUGCUCUGAACUAUAUGCAGAGCUGGUUUCACGCCAAGAAGGUCAUUCUCCUUGAUGACAUUAAGGAUCAUGAACAGCUCAGCGCAUUAGUCGGAGACCUUGAUUGGCAUGCUUUUGAAGAGGAUUCUCCCCCUGAGAAAUUCAAGGAGGAGUCAAUACGUAUUGCUGCUGCUACUCAUGGGCUUCCUUUAGCGCUCGAGGGCGUAGGUAAAUCUUUAUUAAAAAGAAACAACAAAAGAGCGUGGAAUCAAACACUGGCUACAUUGGAAGUAGCUCCUCAUGAGAGUGUCUGGAAAGCCUUCUCCAAGAGCUACGAAACCUUAAAAAGGAAUGAACAGGAGAUAUUUCUUGAUAUAGCAUGCUUUUUCAAUGGAAAGGACAAGAGAAUCCCCUAUUACAUGUGGGAUGACCGUAAUUAUAUGCCUGCUCUAUCGAUUCCCUCUCUUCAUGCCAGGUCUUUGGUAGAAAUUGGGGAAAAUAAAGAAAUAUGCAUGCGUGGGAUACUGAAGAAGUUUGGCCGGGAAAUUGUUGAGAGUGAAUACAAGAGAGAACCUUGCAAGCGCCGGAGGCUAUGCGACUGCGAAGAAGCGCUGGAUGUACUAAGAGGAGGGAAGGGUACUCUGUACGUUGAAGCCUUGAGGCUGAAGUUUGCGGGCCGGUCCAAAGGGAAUAUCAGUUUCGAAUGUGAUCAAAAUGAUGGUUUGCAGAACUCGAGGUUUCUCAAGCUGGAUCAAGCUGACAUUCGGGGAAACUUUGGGAAUCGCCUUUUCAGCUUAAGGUGGCUUGAUUGGCAACGGUGCCCUAAGAUUUUUGAUGACCAUUUAAUUCAGACUUGGCAAAACCUGGUGAUCCUUGAUUUGUCGGAGAGUCAGGUUGACAAAUACUGGAGUGGCUGGGAGCUGCUUGCGGUGGUAUGA